AUGUCGCAAGUUGAAGUUAAAAAGAAGGAAACGAAGCUAUCAGAUUUGAUAGAUUAUAGAAUACGAGUCGCUACCCAUGACGGAAGGGUUUAUAUUGGCCAACUUAUGGCUUUUGAUGCAUAUAUGAACCUUGUAAUGGGAGAUUGUGUAGAGGAACGCAUGCCUCAUAAACAAAUCAUAGAAGUACUUAAAAGUGGAGGAAACUUGUCAAGCAAUGUGCAAGUCGAAAGAAGGACUUUUGGACUAAUAAUUUUACGGGGUGAGCAUGUGUUGAGUACCUCGGUUGAGUCACCUCCCCAACUCUCUAAGAAGGAACGAAUCGAAGUCCAGAAGAAGAAUGCAAAAAAAUUAGAUAAUGCGAAAAAGGCUCGUCAAGGGAAGACUUCUAACAAGAUGAACGUUGGAACGAAUGGAUCUAAUAUAACUUCAACUAACUCAGAAAGUUCAAAUAGAGUUACGAAGCCAAGUCAUAAACCUAUCAAUACGAAUUCUGGAGCUCCCAGUAGGUUUAAUUCUAAUAGUCAGGUACGCCCCAGCCGGUUCCAAGCCCCUCCAGGCUUCAAAAAAAGAAACUAA